AUGAGCACGUUUGACCCACUGGGCUCAGUCUUCCCUACGGACGAGCCGCCAUGGCCGACGACACCGCGCACGCCCAACACGCCGAUCCCCAACUUGCCUCGUCCUUCCCCCUCGCACCACGACACGUUGCGGCCAAACUCGUCCACGGGCCUGUAUGGCAGGGAGCCGCAGAUAUAUGGGCAGCCUGAGCCGGGCCUUGUCUCGCCCAGCGUGACCACCGGCUCGAAUGGCACAAAGUUUGAGAAGCCGGAGCCGUAUCUCAGAGCGCGGAUAACUGGGCUGGACAGGAACAGGCGGGACAUCCUCAUCAAGUUCGAUGCGCAGACAAACCUGGCGAACUUCACGGGCACGACGUAUCGCAACGUGUCGCGGUCAUACGUCGAGUUCCAGCAGUUCUACGACACCAUCGUGCACACGACGCCGCAGACUAUCGUACCCGCGCUGCCGCUCCCACGCACGUCGGCGCCGACGGACGAGGAGGACGACCGGCUGGUGAAGAUCAUGCUGCAGCGGUGGCUGACGCGGAUAUGCGAGGACCCGAUCCUGCUGCACGAGGAGGAGGUGCGGUCGUUCGUCGAGAGCGACUUUGGGUACCAGCCGAUGCCGAACGUGCGGCGCAAGGCAUCGACGGGGUUCAGCUUGAUGCGGGCGCGCGUACCGGACGAGGACGAGGAGCUGCAGCGUGCGCGGUUUGAGCUGACGAAGAUGGAGGGUCAGCUCUUCGAGGCCGCGAGGGCAGUCGACAAGCUCUCGAAGGCGAGGAAAGCGCUUGCGACCGUCCGUGCGGAGAUGGGGAACAAGCUCGUGAACGUAGCCACUACCGAGGCGCACCCGCCGCUGGGAAACGCGCUACAGAAGCUUGGACGCGCAUGGCACAGCUUGUCGGACUUGGACCAGGCACAGAGCAUGAGCGAAUGUCUUAUUGUCGGCGAUUCGCUGGGCUACCAGGGGUUGAAUGCACGGUCAGCGAAGGAGACCCUACAGCAGCGAACAGCUGUUCUGGAGGACUACCAGGCGGCGGUCAAGACGACUAUCUCAAAGCGGCGGAAUCUAGAGCGGCUCAAGGCCAGCAGUAGCAUAAGGCCCGAGAAGGUGGACGAGGCGUUGGAGGACAUGGAGGAGGCUAACAAAUACGAGAUGAUUUUGGCCAAAAGGGCAGAAGGGAUCUCACAGAACCUCCAUCGUUCCCUCGACAGGCACAAACAGUUGGUCACUGAGGACAUCACUGCCGCCCUGGUCGAGCACGUCCGCUCAUCCAUCAUGUACGAGCGGCAAUUGCUCCGUGAGUUGGAGGCACUUAGGCCCGAUAUCAGCAACGCUGCGAAGAAACAUGUCCCGGUGAAGACGAACGGGGCACCACGGCCUUCCUAUGUGCCACCACUGGAGGAAUUUUCAAAGGCUCCGAUAGCCCGCCCUGCAUCAGCUGCCCCUCCUGUUACACCAAGGACUCCGGCCACUGCUGGAAUCGCACCUGUGCGAACUGCGAACGGGUUUGGUCAGUCGAGUGUGUUACCGGUCUCCCCGGUGUCAUCAUCUACAAUAAACUCGCUGCCUCCUCAAUCUCCAGGCGCCGGGCCGUCCUCACCGGCUCCGCAACAGACUUCGUUCAACCCGCCACUUGUAGACGGCCCGCCUCUGGGCGGCCGUUUUGUGGACGGGACGAAAUCGAUGUUCGUCAACCCCCCGCCUUCUCCCCUCUUACCGUCGCCGUCUCUGUCCGGAUCAAGUGCAUCUCUGGCAGGGAGAGUGCCGGAUUCUCCGCUGCACGCUCCUGCGCUCGCGAGCCCGCAUCCUCUUGCAAACGGGGUGUCUUCUCCCCUCACGAGUGCCCCCAUGACACGCUCUGCCACGGGGCCAAUCUCCCCGUCCUCUUCGGAAGCACUGGAUCCGCUAACAGGACGACCGGUCUCUAUGACGCAGUCCGUGCGCGUGCAGCCGACGAGGCCGAGGCUCGACGCGAGGGAGGCGGCGAGCAAGCUCGCAAAUAUGUUUUGAACGCGAUUGUGGUGUACCGUACACUGCUUGACUACGCUAUGAUAUUACCGUAUUCCUGUCUGCUCAUUGGGUUGGAAUGGAUCUGUCUAAUGAAUUUGGGAGUGCA